AUGUUUCAUAGUUGGAGCAAUUCUCCUCAACAAGGUCGAGAAAGCAACGAGCUUUAUACUGAAUCAAAGAUCAAGGAGCUGAAGGGUGCAAUUGAACCCUUAUCAGGGCACAGUUUGAUGUAUUGCACUGACGCAUGUUUGAAGAGAUAUUUGGAAGCUCGGAACUGGAAUGUGGACAAGUCCAAGAAGAUGUUGGAGGAGACACUCAAGUGGAGAUCAAUCUAUAAGCCAGAGGAAAUUCGCUGGCAUGAGGUUGCAAUGGAAGGGGAGACUGGAAAAUUGUAUAGAGCAAGUUUUCGUGAUAGACAAGGAAGAAGUGUUCUUAUUUUGAGGCCAGGAAUGCAGAACACUACUUCAAUGGAGAAUCAGAUGCGGCAUUUUGUUUAUAUUUUGGAAAACGCCUUGCUUGACCUUCCACCGGGUCAAGAACAAAUGGCAUGGUUAAUAGACUUCACUGGGUGGUCAAUAACCAACAAUGUGCCCUUGAAAUCAGCCAGAGAGACCAUCAACAUUUUGCAGAACUAUUACCCUGAGAGGCUUGCCAUAGCAUUUCUUUACAACCCCCCUCGAGUUUUUGAAGCCUUUUGGAAGAUAGUUAAGUACUUCUUGGAUAACAAGACAUUUCAGAAGGUGAAGUUUGUGUACCCGAAGAACAAAGAUAGUGUAGAGCUCAUGAAGUCCUAUUUUGAUGAGGAAAACCUUCCCAAAGAACUAGGUGGAAAAAGCACAAUGCAUUAUAACCAUGAGGAGUUCUCCAGAUUAAUGGUUCAGGAUGAUUUAAAAUGUGCAGCAUUUUGGGGAUCUGAUGAGAAGCUCUCCAACCACAUUCCUAAUGGGCAUUCUGCAGCAAUUUUCAAUGAAACCUCACCUGAGGCAUGUUAA